GCGGCGGCGGCGCGGGGCGCGAGGCGGCGGCGACCACGCUCGGGCCGGGUCCUCGCUGCUCCCGGCGGCGGCGACGGCGCCAUGGAUGAGGCGGUGGGCGACCUGAAGCAGGCGCUGCCCUGCGUGGUCGAGGCACCCACUGUCCAUGUAGAGGUGCACCAGCGGGGCGGCAGCACUGCAAGAAAAGAAGACAUAAAGCUGAGUGUUUGGAAGCUGCUCAACAGACACAACAUUGUGUUUGGUGACUACGCAUGGGUGGAGUUUGAUGAGCCCUUCCUGACCAGGAAUGUGCAGUCCGUGUCCAUCGUUGACACAGAAUUAAAAGUCAAAGAUCCGCAGCCCAUUGACUUGAGCUCGUGCAAUAUUGCGCUUCACAUCUUCCAGCUGAAUGAAGAUGGCCCUAGCAGUGAAAAUUUGGAGGAAGAGACAGAGAAUAUAAUCGCAGCGAAUCAUUGGGUUCUUCCCGCGGCUGAGUUCCAUGGGCUUUGGGACAGCCUGGUAUACGAUGUGGAAGUCAAAUCCCAUCUCCUCGAUUACGUGAUGACAACCUUACUGUUUUCCGACAAGAAGGUUGACAGCAACCUCAUCGCCUGGAACCGGGUGGUGCUGCUUCAUGGUCCUCCAGGAACUGGAAAAACUUCCCUGUGUAAAGCAUUAGCCCAGAAAUUGACCAUUAGGCUUUCAAGCAGGUACCGCUACGGCCAGUUGGUUGAGAUAAACAGCCACAGCCUUUUCUCCAAGUGGUUUUCAGAGAGUGGCAAGCUGGUGACCAAGAUGUUCCAGAAGAUUCAGGACUUGAUUGAUGACAAAGAUGCUCUGGUGUUUGUGCUGAUUGACGAGGUGGAGAGCCUCACGGCCGCCCGCAGCGCUUGCAGGGCAGGCACCGAGCCCUCAGAUGCCAUCCGCGUGGUUAAUGCUGUCUUGACCCAAAUCGACCAGAUUAAGAGACACUCCAAUGUGGUGAUUCUGACCACUUCCAACAUCACGGAGAAGAUUGACGUGGCCUUCGUGGACCGGGCCGACAUCAGGCAGUACGUGGGGCUGCCCUCCAUGGCCGCCAUCUUCAAGAUCUACCUGUCCUGCCUAGAAGAGCUGAUGAAGUGUCAAAUCAUAUACCCUCGCCAGCAACUGCUGACCCUCCGCGAGCUCGAGAUGAUUGGUUUCAUCGAGAACAACGUAUCCAAGCUGAGCCUCUUCCUGAGCGAGAUUUCCAGGAAGAGCGAGGGCCUCAGCGGCCGCGUCCUGAGGAAGCUCCCUUUCCUGGCUCACGCGCUGUACAUCCAGGCCCCCACCGUCACCAUCGAGGGCUUCCUCCAGGCCCUGUCCCUGGCAGUGGACAGGCAGUUCGAAGAGAGGAAGAAGCUCUCAUCUUGAGGUGCAUCUGGGCUUCCUGCCUCAGGGCUCUCUGAGCAUGUCUGGCCACCAGCCAGAAACCCCAGACAUGCAGGAAGGCAGUGCCUAGUCUGCACGUAUUUUAAUUUCCCAUUAUAAGAUGGCCCCUCAUUUUCACUACUUUCAAGAUGAUAACUCCAGUCCUGUUGCCUCUGUGAAGAGCUGUCCUCCUACUGGCCUCUGUGCUGGAAACCGGACUCUGCCUCCGCCAGGCACCAGCUCGUCUUUUUGAGGGCAGAUGUCUCAGAGGCUGUUGAGGGAAUGAGAAUCUGCUCCUAAGCUACAGGAACUGAGAAGGAGUCUGGCUAUGGCAUUCUGCACAUCGGGUGGGGUCCUGUGUGGGGCCACUGCUGCCCUGGCCCUGGCCAGCGAGACACAGGUUCUUCUCCCAUUUGUGCAGCGGCCUGAUGUGAGCAGGUGUGAGAUGCUGGCCAGCAGCCGCCGCCCACAAGCACUGAGAUUGCUUUAAUCAUGAAGUAAGUUCCACACGAGUGUUCUGAGCAUGUUACCUUCUUGUCAUUGGACUUUCUAAGUAUGAAGCUUUCCCAGGAUUUUCCCAUUUUCAUUCUCAUCCCACUCCCUGGUGCUUAGAGUGGCAUUAAAAAUCACUUGCUUA